AAUGUAGGGGUUUAGUACUCAAGUAGUGUGCUUCCAUAGCAUACAAAGCUCGCUAAUAGAAUCAAUCAAAUCGCAGUCGAAGUAGAAGUAAUGGCAGCUUUCCACUCGAAGAUUUCAGCUCUCGCGGGCAUCUGCCUGCUGCUCGCACUGCAGGCGCAUGCGUACACAAUGAGUGACAUGUGCGCACAAAUGUCGAGCGAUGGAUACGUUGGCAACCCCACCAAUUGCAGCAAAUGGGGCUACUGUAAGGGCCAGGUACUGGUCGGCGAGGGCGCUUGCGCCUCCGGUUUAGUGUACGAAUCGAAGACCGCCACCUGCCAGUACAACACGAAGUGCGCAUGCUCGACCAGCAUGACAGAGACAUGCAAGGUGUUGAAGACGCCCGUUUAUCUGGCCGAUCCCAAUGAUUGCCAGAGCUACUCAUACUGCUUUGGCAAUGGUACCGCGUUGACAGGCAAGUGUCCUGCUGGUCAAACUUAUGCCGCCAGCACCACUUCGUGCGUGUGGGGUCCCGACUGUCAGCAGGACAGCAUUUGCCGCUUCAUGAAGAACAACAUCUAUGUGGGCGAUCCGAGCACUUGCGGCAACUAUAUAGCUUGCGUCGACGGUUACGGCACCUCCUCCACAUGUGGCACCAAUGCGGCUGGUGCGACCCUCUACUACAACAAAGCCACCGGCAACUGUCAGCCAACCAAUCCAUGCAGCAGCAGCGGCGGCGACACCAGCACCGGCACUGGCACUGUCACUCCGGCUCCGAUCAACACAAGCGGUUGCCCCGCUUUAUCCACAAGCUCGACUAGCAGCACCAGCUCUACCGAAUCUACCGCAACCGAAGCCGAUGCUGACGACACCACCACCUCUGACGACACUGAUGAGACCACCGAAUCCUCGAGCACAGUCAAGUAUGUGGCCGACAACACAACGUGCUACGGUUUCUACAGUUGCCUGGAGAGUUCCUAUGGCAAAUGGGGUGCAUGUCCAUAUGGCACUGAAUUCGAUGCCACCGCGCAGAAGUGCGUCUCACCCGCCGCCAUUGUCUGCACAUACGAUCGUUGCGCCAACACCAAUAUGACCUAUGCUGCUGUGCCGAACACAAAUUGCAACCAAUACACUUACUGUCCGAAUGGCUCCGUUGGCACUUGCCCCACCGGCUAUCUGUACUUCGAUGAGCGCUAUGGCAAGUGUGUGCCCACUAAACCAGCCACCGCAAUUUGUGGCGCCACCACCGCAUAAAGUCGGAUGUAAUUUUGUUGUAGCCCUCAGAGAGAAUUGUAGUCGCAUAAUAAAAGCAAAAAAGCAUUAA